UAACAUAAAUUCCUUCUUAUUCUUCUUCCUAAUAAUCCUACCUCCCUUUCGGUCGCCGUUUUGCAUUCCCAUCAUCACUGUUCACUCAUCUUUGAUUAAAUUAAGAAUGGUCGUCGCGCCUUCUCCGGCUACCCGGCGGAGCUCUUUCAGAAAGACGGCGAGGCCCGCUGGAAUUCCCAUCGUUGAUCUCUCCCUCGACCGCUCCGUCCUAGCCGAUAAAAUCGUCCGGGCAUGCCAAGAAUACGGCGUCUUCAAGGUGACCAACCACGGCGUUCCAGACGACUUAAUCUCCGGCCUGGAGAAGGAAGCCGCCGGUUUCUUCUCCAAGCCCGCCUUCCAGAAGCAGCAAGCUGGCCCGCCGAAUCCCUUCGGUUAUGGCUACAAGAACAUUGGCUUCAAUGGCGAUAAGGGCGAGUUCGAGUACCUUCUCCUUCACACAGACCCCCUCUCCAUUUCUCACAGAUCCAAUGCCAUUUCCGAUGACCCAUCAAAGUUCAGUUGUGUUGUGAACGAUUACAUAAAGACGGUGAGGGAGCUGGGAUGUGAAAUUCUGGAGCUAAUGGCGGAAGGCUUGUGGCUAAGAGACCGGAGCGUCUUCAGCCGGCUCAUCACAGACGUUCUCAGUGACUCGUGCUUCCGGCUCAACCACUAUCCGCCGCUCGACCACUCCAAGCAGCGGGAACUGGAUCCUUGUACUAGCAACUCUCGAAUGGGUUUUGGUGAGCAUUCGGACCCUCAAAUUUUAACAAUCCUCAGGUCAAACGACGUCAGCGGGCUCCAAAUUUGCUUAGACGGCGGUUUCUGGGCACCCGUACCACCGGACCCCUCCGAAUUUUGCAUAUUUGUCGGCGACGCUUUGCAGGCUAUGACAAAUGGGAGGUUUGUAAGCGCGAGACACAGGGUGGUUGUGACGGCGUCAGAGAAGCCCAGAAUGUCGAUGAUGUACUUUGGGGCUCCGGCGCUCGACGCCUGCAUAUCGCCGUUGCCGGAGAUGGUCUCAGCCCAGAAGCCAUGUCUGUACAAGCCCUUCACAUGGAGUGAAUUCAAGAAAGCUGCCUACUCCCUCCGCCUGGGAGAUUGCCGUCUCAACCUCUUCAAAACAGAUGCAACCGCGCCGUCGUUUUAACGGACUUUUUGGCUCUCCGUCGCUUCAUUUUCCCGGCCGGAGGACAUAGUCAUCAGUCGUAGGGCACCGUAUUUUGUGAAUAUGUUAGCCAUACGUAGAAGCUGCAAAUCACUCUUCUUUCCAAAGGGGAUUUUUUUUCCCUCCAAGCUUUGUCUAGAUAUUUUCUUCAGUUAAUUUAAUUUCCUUGUACUGUCAUUAUCUCAAAAGUUGAGAAGGUCCUUCUAUUCUCAAAAGUUGUAAAGCCAACCCAUGUUUGGAUUGGAUUGAAUGUCAAUUAGAGUCUAUGUUCAUAGUGAUAAUUAAUUCAUAAUUAUUUCAAAGUAUUGUCACGUCA